AUCGGGUUGAAGAGGAACACACGGCCUGGAUGACAGAACAGAUUGCAAUGAGCAGGUACACUGAGGAUGGGACCGUACAGUUACAAUACUUUCUAAGUUGGAUGUUUGUUGCUGAUUGAAGUGAAAAGUACAAAGGUAAUUACAGACCUGGCACUGGUACAUCACGACAGCAGCAGGGUUACCAUGGAGACUGGCAAGCCAGGAUUGCCAAGUGCUCAAGUGCACAUCAGCCCUGUCGCAGCACAGACAGAGAAAAGGAUGGACCUUCAGGCCCCACUGACGGCUGUUUACAUCCAAACAGUGCAUGCUCUACCAGCGCAGCCUCCUGCAGCUGCACAGGAGCCAGCCACACUCCAUCUGGCCAUUCCGCCUCUUUACUCCAAGGAGACGCUUCCCUUUCUGACUCUCCAUAUUGCUGGAGGACUGCAGGCUCAGCCAGGAUUUAGUUUGGCAGCUGCUGCUCCUGCAGCCAGACCCAAGUCGGCAGGAAAACAUGUGUGUCCUCACUGUGGACGGGAUUGCAUGAAGCCCAGUGUGCUGGAGAAGCAUCUCCGCUGCCACACCGGGGAGCGGCCUUACCCCUGCACCACUUGUGGAGUUUCUUUUAAGACUCAGAGCAACCUCUACAAACAUAAGCGUACUCAAGCUCAUGCCCGCCUCUCGUCUGAAUCAGAGCAGAGCAGCCUGAGCAGCCUGAGCAGCCUGAGCAGCCUAGACAGCAUGUCUGGCUCCAGAGAGACUUGUACCUCCAGCUUGUCUCUGGAUGAGCGCAGUGAGGAGUUGGGCAGCAUGGAAAAGGAUGCCAAACUACCUGCUGAGACCACCAGUCCAGCUAGUACUGCAAAGGUCUUCUCUGUAAAUAUGCAAGGUUCUGUCGGUGAACAGAACGCCUUGACCCCUGCAGGUCAGAAGACAGAAGCAAAUGAAAGUGCAAAUGUAACAAUAGAAAAACAGCGGGUGGAAAAUGACAAACCUUCGCUGACUGCCAGUCGACAUCUUCUCCUUCAGAGACAAGAAGCCACUCUGUUCUCCAAGCAGUGGGAGAGCUCUGUAUCCAGAGGUAAAUCGCAGAGCCAUGAGAGCACAGACUCAGGCUUCAGUGAGAGCAGUGACCACUAUCUGAGCCCCGGCAGCCUUCUACCUGACCACAGUAUGGAUUCCCUCUCCGAAUCCACUAAGGAGUAUCUUGAAGAAACUACCGGCAUACAAAUACCUUCAGGACCAGGCCAAGGUGGACAGGAACCCAAAUACACUGCAAGUGAGCAGAAGACACUGGAGGAGCGCAUAUCAAAACUGAUUUCAGAAAAUACAGCAGUUGUUGAGGACAAACAGCUAGAGAAUGUAAGGCCGCGGAAGACAGUUCUGUCAAAGCAGGGUAGCAUUGACCUCCCCAUGCCGUACACAUACAAGGACUCCUUUCACUUUGAUAUGAGGAUCAGUAAGCCUCCAAAUGUUGGGUUACAGAGAAACAGGAAGCCUGACUUCUCCAUCUCUGUGCCCAUGCAGCUAUCCAACACCGUGGAACAUGCCCCGCUAACCCGCAGCAACUCCCUCCCUUUCAGUGUUGCCCUCCUGCAGCCUGACAUUAGCAGCCCAACCUCCUCCUAUCAUAGUGAUUAUGUAAGACGUGUCCAGAGGGAAAGCUCUGGCCAGAUCAAUCCAACAGGUUUUGCAAUCAAGUCUUCAUCCACCCACCGCCCACUGGUCCGGCAGACAGCCGUAGAUGGCAACCACGCAACAGACUGUCUCUUCACAAAUUCAUCUGUGGAGGAGGCGUGCACCGGCAGUCUCAGCUGCGAUGGGGAUGGCGGCAACAUUUGUGGAGAGCCAAGCAUCAGAAAGUUCCGGAGGAAAAAAACACAGAAGUUUGCCUACAACAAGUGGUACAUGUACGGAGGAGGGACAUUUAAGAAGCUCUACAGUGCUGAGAAAGGUGGUGAUGACAACGUUAUCAAAGGCAGGAAAUGUUCCACAAACCCAGAGCAUGAGGUUGAUCAGGGCCUGCCAAAAAGGUUGUCAGCUGUUCAAAAUGAGACAGUAACAAUAACAGCCUCAACAAUACACUUCACAAGCAGCAGUGCAACAGUGUGCCACCCAGGCUGCUCUCCUGCCAAACUAUCCCUUGUCUCUGCUGAUGAUGUCAAUAUAAAAACUAGCCAGCUUCAAACAUCAUGCAGCUCUCUCAAGACCCCAUUUUGGAGAAACCUGUCUUUGUCAUUACUGCCAGUAUCUUCAAUUGGAUCAUUGGUUAACAACCAAACAGAAAGGAUGAGCAGAGCAGAAGCAGGGAGAAUGAUUGAUGUAGAAAAACAUUGUGACUCCACCUUGCAGCUCUGUGGAGCCCAUAUUCCCUCAGACAGGAAAAAACUGAAAACUGAUGAGAAUAUAAUUAGCCCUCUGGAGAUGGAAACCGACCCUAACACACCGACCCUUGCCUCCGUCACUGGUAGUGCGCCUCAGCAGGAUACAAAUCUCAGUUAUGUCAACAUUCAAAACAAUCAAAGACAUACUCCGCUCAAAGCAGCUCUGAUUCCAACAUGCAUUAUCAAUGCAAAUACACCAUCUGUUAGCACCUCGCCAGCCACUUCCCCACCCUCCACUGCCAAGGCCAGCUUCCUGCCAAAGUACCAGCUCAAGUUACCUAAUGCUGCUGAAGCUGGUUCAAAUCCCUCAGUGCAUGAUGUGUAUAAAAUGACAGGAAUCGAUGGCUGCACUUUCACCUCUGCUCUGUCACCCUCUCACACUGAGCAAACCUCACCCUCGGUCAAAACUUCUGAGAGGAAAGGUGAUUAUCCCGUCACCUCACCAUUGAUGCAGACUUGUGAUAUCAAAAAGACAAAUGCUCUCAGGUCCACACAAGACCAGCUCCCAUUACCUUCCACAGCCACAACCCUUUGUCAGGCUGAAACAUCAAGACUCAAUCCAAAUGCAACAAUUAGUCUAGCUGUAGUGCACAGGCAAUUUUCAUCAACCACAAUAACCACAACCUGCCGACACAAUGAUCAGGCAGGAUUAUGCAGCACUUCAAUACAGCCCUCAAAAUCAGCAGGGGGCGCAGCGCCUAAGCAGGUACCCCGACCUGUUGCACCUGUGCUUUCAAACUUCUUUGCUACACCUACCAGAAACACAGCAAACAAUCAGUCGUCUGCUGCUGCCAUUACAGCUUUCUCUCAAAGUCAACCUAACCCUACCCCCCCUCUAUCACACACACAACUCUCACCAGCAUCAGAUCAGAGGAGCCCUGUAAACAGUGCAUACGCCAGCUCAAACAGCCCAGUCGUUCCUUGUCACAGUCACAUUGUACCUUUUGACCAGAUACAGCCAGAUCCUCAGAACGUGUUUCAUGUUCACACAGCAGACCUCCAGAUAUGCCUCCAGAUCAUAUCUGAUGAGCAGCUGGCUCUCAUUGAACCCCAAAUCAAGAAGCAGUCAGUUAGCGCCCUCUCACAGAGACGUGAUGUGGAAGCAGCAGCCCAUGAAGUCACCUCUGUCAACAUGCGACGUAGCAAUAAUGGAAGGGACCAUCAACAGCCAGGACAUCGACAGGAGUUGGACCAAAGUGAGUCUUUACUCACACUUAACAUGGAGAGUACAAAACCUCCACUGCCUGUACAAUUUGGGAAGGCAGAGCCAAAGCUCCACCUGACUGAACGCAGAAACUCCACUACACUCUCAGCUGAAUCUACACCUCCUGAAGCGCUAGGCUUGUCGCUACGCCCACACAAAUACAGCCAUGUAAACACGGUCACUGUGACUCAGUGCUCUACGGGCGAUGUCAUGUCAACUGCUGCUUCACUCAAAUGUGAACAUCCCCUUUCUCUGAACUGUUGUGCUGAAGAGCACGAAAGGGUCAGCCGAGGUGGACGGAUCUCAACACAAAGCCAACACAAACUUAAAAAUCAAGCAUGUAAUGUAGGCCCAAUGAAAGCUAUGGGGGAAGCCUGUGCAUAUAAAAGCAGCAGGUUAGAUAGUGGAGAGACCCACCCCCCUCUGCAGGCUGGGCUUGGUCAGGCCUCCGGUGCUGCAUGUGCUGAUGAACUCUUUGGGUCACUUUCUUCUUUUUCCAUCAAUAAAUACAAAGUGUCAAGACAGUUGAAGCCACAAGCAUCCGUCUACUGCAGUAAUCCAGUGGAAUGGACAUUAUCAGAGGCUCUGAAUUCAUCUAAACAUGCAAACAUGGGAUGUGACAGGGAGGGACCUUCAGACCAUUCUGCCCCUUCACAGGAAAGUGAAUCACUGGAUGGAAUCAGUUCAACCCACUCUGAAAAACCACUCGCUCAGUUUAUUUCAGUGUCUUCUAGCAUCCAGGUAGAAGGACCCAAAGACAUCCCAGCUGUGCUUACAAUUAUUCAGAGCCCUACUGCAGGGCUGGUGGAGUACUGUGCAGCCCAGCAACAGCUGCUGACACUGGGCCAUGGAGAGAGCCCUGGGCAGGCACACAGCACAGACCGGAGGGGCUGCCUGGAGGGCCGAAGAGAAGAUAAGAACGGAGGAAUGAAGACAGAUGAGGCCGACUAUAACUGCACAUACACAAGUUCACCAGGCAUGACGAAGCCCGAGGCAGAAGACAGAGAGGUAAAGGUGGGUUCCUUUAAACAUUCCCAGCUAUCUGAGCAGCAUCUUUCCCAGACACACUCAGGAAUGUCUGAAUACCCUCCACAGAGCAAGUCAAAUAACAGGACCUCUUCUGCCAGCAGCAGUCAGACGAGUCUUUCCAAUUCUCCACAGCCCCUGUUGGAAAUGAACAACUUCUAUUUCUCCCAACAACACUGGGAAGGCAGCAGCAUUCCUAACCAACAAACACAGAUCUUAUGUGAAUCUAAUGCAAGUAUCAAAGCACCGGUCAUAUUAACAGAAACACCAAAUGCUUUUUCACCAAUUCACUCCAGCCCUCAGCAAACACGAACAUUUUCACACAAGGUCCAAAAGCCGAGCAGCAUCAGCUGUGUUGAGCCAGGACAUGCUGCUGCAGGUAAUAGUGGCACAUCAGCCUCCACGCAGCACAGUCAACACUCUUCUUGUGCUGCAGCACUAACAGGGGAAACCCAAGCGUCAAACAACAAUGUGCUGAAUGCUAAUCCUGUGUCGCCAUCAGAACCGUUUACAUACCCACAACCUGAUGAUUAUCACGACACCAAGGAUAAGGCACCAAGUGACUACAUGGGGCAGAGCAGUAACCCUGGGGGAGCUGACAUUACCAACAGAUACCACUCUGUUUUCUUGUGUGGCCAGCUUCAUGGCUACCAGCUGGCCGAGUGUGUGACAGUCAGUGGAGUGAGGCCUGUGCAGAGCUGCCAGGACUACACAGAGGACACCAGCAGUAGUGACGAUGAAGGAAAGCUUAUCAUCGAGCUUUAAUAGGAACAAUACACAUAUGCCAUUUUGAGUUUUAUCUUCUACAUAUAUACAUUUUUCAGAGGCAGAAGUAAUAUCAAUGGCUGAGUACAAUUUGUGGGAAGAGCAAAGAACCACAUAUGUGAACUCAAAAUAAGUCCAAAUAUGAAUAAAAGAUUACUUGUCAUUGACUAUUAGGGUACAUAUUUUUUAUGAAGAAUAAUACAUUGAAAGGUCAAUGGACAACUUUGCAUGUAGGUACAAGUUUGUAGGUACUACCAGGUGUAAUUAGAAGUAUGCAGUAAAACUGCUUGUGUCGGCCUCCUAGAUGUAAUUCCAAGUCUGACUGUCAGGAAUGUCAGCUGUGACACGUCCCACAUGUCAAAACGAGCCAGAGAAAUCAUAAAUCAUAAAACAAAGCCCCCGUCACAGGCAGUUACAACACAAUACAAUCCAAUAUUAAGACUAAUGAGGACCAUUACGGUAAAUAAAAAGGAGCAAUACACUGUUUGUAUCUGCUUUCACUAGUUUAGUUUAUUUUUAUUAUGAAUAAUUUAGGCUUACUUUCCUGGUGUAACUACAAAGCUAGCAAUGUGGGCAACCAUCUGGGAUUAAUGAGUGGAUGCUCCCACUUUGGAAUAACUGGAGGUUUUGCCGCCAUUCCUAUUCUGCCCGCAUCAUUAUAAAAGCCUGCAAUGCCUACAACAAGCUCACACGCUUGCUUGGAACUGAAUAUAUGAAUGAUUGAAUGAAUAUAAAAGAGUGAAUGGCAAUGACCUGUUUUUGUUUAGCCAGCUAGCUUUGUUACUUAGCUAUUCAACAGAGACCUUUCUGCCCUGUGCUCAUUGUCCGUUAUCUAAUGAUAAAAUAAAUAGGUGGCUGAUCAUUUGUAGUAAGUGGAAAACAGCAGGGCUACUGUGGUUACUUGUGUCGGCAGCGAGUGUUUCUUUUUUACUUGGCUUCAUGAGCAGACAGAUUGUGUCUGUUUCUGCUGUUUAAUCCAACCAAUGAGAUUACUUCUGCCCCUAAGAACUGCUCACACACGCUUACACAAACAUGUCUGUCUACCUUCCCACACACACUCUCUCUCUCUCUCUCAUAAAGUGCACUCUGUAUCACUCUGCAACCUUCCCAGACAACACCUGUGUGUGUGACUCAUGUAAACAUCCUGCAGACAAAUACCAUUAAGUAGAUCUCUGCUGCCAGUCAGAUCUCCCCGGUGAAGCAGGCAUUGGAUUAGCCUGUCCCAUUCUGUGUUUUGUGAUGAGUCAGCUGAUAUGAUUAGGCACCUGCACUCAUGACAACAGGAAAUGGGUGCAUGUGAACAUUUUUGUACAUAAUACCACAGCCACAGCUCACGCUGACGUGCUUGUCAAUCCUCAGCCCAUUAGUGGUCAUAAAACGUUUUCUUCACAGGUGUAUGUGUACAGGAGUGCAAGCAGAUUUAUUAUUAUGUUAAGUAUGACUAUUUGUUUUUUUUCAUUUUCUAAUUUUAUAUUCUUGGUACAGAUUGCAUAAGUAAGAAUAACUGAAAAACAAAUGAAUUCAUCUUUAAUUUAUUGCACAUCACUUUGUGUUUUCAACUAUCUCAACAGCCGGAGAGGUAAUUAAACUGUUUCCCCUGCUCUCUU